CGCAUUUCUUCCUCUCUGGGCUCGGACCUAGUUCGCGAGGACAUGGCCAAACGUACCAAGAAAGUCGGGAUCGUCGGUAAAUACGGGACGCGCUAUGGGGCCUCCCUCCGGAAAAUGGUGAAGAAAAUUGAAAUCAGCCAGCACGCCAAGUACACUUGCUCUUUCUGUGGCAAAACCAAGAUGAAGAGACGAGCUGUGGGGAUCUGGCACUGUGGUUCCUGCAUGAAGACAGUGGCCGGCGGUGCCUGGACAUACAAUACCACUUCCGCUAAACAUAACUACCCUAGAAGAAUACUUAACUGGGUCAAGCGUUUGCUAGAUCCAUAG